UGCAAUCGGGGUCAUCGGAUUUGAAUACAGCCUAAAGAAUAAAGAAAUGAGAUGUUAUGAACAAAGAAAUCUGAAUGCUGAGACUUUAAAUAGUAGAGAUACAUGUUCCUGCAAGGAAAGGACGCACAUCUUCUUCCUAAAAACCCACAAGACAGCCAGCAGCACAGUUAUGAAUAUGCUGUUCCGUUUUGGAGACACUCGCAACUUGACCUUUGCCUUUCCAAAGAAUGGCCAUUUUUCCUACCCCAGUUAUUUUAAUUCCAAAUUUGUUGAUGGUUUCUCAAAGGAAAGCAAGCAGGAGUUUCAUAUCAUGUGCCAUCACAUGAGGUUCCAGCUCAGUGAGGUAGAAAACGUGAUGCCCAAUGACACCUUUUAUUUCACCAUUCUACGGAACCCAGUCACUCAAAUGGAAUCAUCCUUCUCAUACAAUAAAAACCAGGAAGUCUUCCAAAAAUCUGAGAGCCUGGAGGACUUCCUGAACAACACCUCCAAAUACUAUAGAAGCAACAUGUCAUCCAGCUACUAUGCCAAGAACUAUAUUGCCUUUGAUUUGGGUUUUGACAACAAUGGAAGAGAAUCUGAAAAGCAUUAUAAACUGCUGUGUCAGACAGUGGAGAUCAUGUUUGAUUUAGUGCUAAUUGUAGAAUACUUUGAUGAAUCUUUGAUACUCUUAAAGAAUGCUCUUUGUUGGACAUUUGAUGAUGUUUUAUCGAUUCCAAUUAACAGUAGGAGCAACAGUUCCAAACAUUCACUCUCAGAAAAAGCUCAGGAAAAGAUCAAGAACUGGAGUCAAUUAGAUUGGCAUAUGUACGUCUACUUUAAUAAGUCUUUCUGGGAUCAAGUGGAGAAAUUUGGGAGGAAAAGAAUGGACCGUGAAUUAGGGGAGCUUCGGAGAAAGAGGUCCGAAAUGGCUCAGGUCUGCAUACAAGGUGAAUCAGAUCCAAACAAAAUGACAGACAAAUCUCUGAGUCCCUACCAAUCAGGUAUAGCCAGGAUUAUUGGGCACAAUCUUAAACCAGGAUUAAAUGAUGCCGAAAAGCAAUUUUGCCAGAAACUUGUUACCCCAGAAAUUCAAUACACUAACCUGUUGAAGAGAAAGAACAUGACAUCUCCCAUGCUUCCCCCCUCUGUCAGUCCCUACAUUGGCUUCACGUAA